AUGUCCAACACCACCGAUGACCCAAACGACCCCUCCUCAUUCCUUUCCAAAAAGGCCCGCCUGGCCCACUGGAUCACAGGCGGCACCAACCGCGGCCCAUCGACCAUGUCCUCCUUCAACCGGAUGGUCAAAGACCGCAACGACUUCAAGAAAGCCAGCCAGGCCUGGGCUCUCGCCCAGGAGCGCGGUCUGGACGAGCACCAGGGACGAUGGGGCAGGUCCGGCCUGCCGGGGGCUGUGGACGAGGCACGGGGGACAGCGCCGAAGCCAAGGGGUAUGGCGUUGGUCCGGUGGUUCCGGGAGAACGGCGGCGCUGGGGACGGCAGGAUUGGACGAGGCGAGCAACCUGGAGAGGCGGCUGCGCAGCCCGCCCAGCAGCAGCAGGAAAGACAACAACAGACGGGGCCCAUAGAGGAUGACAUAUACGGCGCGAGUGAUGACGCCGGGACAACUGAAGGAGACAACACUGGCGAUGGCGAUACAGCCGCGAGGACAGUGACCGAGAUCACGGUUCGGGCCACAGCAGACUGA